UUGAGUUUGGACUAAGUUUUACCUGAAAAGACAAUUGUGUUUCUUUUAAAUCGUCCAGGGUAAGUGGAGUCGUCCAUCUGAGAAGGGGGUACAGAACCAUGCAAGAUGAGCAGGUUUAUGGGCAUGGGCACUUGACAAGGGAACUGGGUGAGUGGAGACAGGAGUGAAGCAGAGGAGUGUUGAGAGUACGGACCUCCGAGCUGUUAGCAGCUCUGAUCUUUCUUCCUGCGUGUCACAGUGAAGGUGAGGGGAGCCUGUGAAGUGCUCACGUCAUAAUUCUGCUGGUAAUCUAGUCCAGUUGCUGAGGUGACUCAGUGGCAGGCUCUCCCCCAAGUAACCCAGGUAGGGUUUCGAAGUAGGAAGACAUUACCUUUAUCACUUCCUUUUCUAUUUACAGAUCUUUCACCUGCUUAUCCCCCUCCCCACCAGGCCUGCUCCCCGUAGUCAGUGGCACUCCACCCCUGAAAGGCUCUGAAAUACCCCUACCCUUUCCUCCCCCACUCUGUCAUAUCUUUGGGUGUUAGAAAGAAGGAAUAUAUUAUCUAAUUAAGUCAUUCCCAGUGGCACAUGACUGACCACUGUGACUCUUUAGGUAACAUCGGAAAAAAGAAGCUUGUUGACAUGAGCCGUGACUGUGGGGUGGUAGCACUUAACCAUUUCUGCUAGGCUUUCCAGUCCCAGAAAAAAAAAAAAAAAAGAAAUAAGAAAAGAAAACAGUGGCUUGCCAACUCAAUCCUAAAAGAUUGUUCUGAUUUAACUCCAAUUUAAUGAUUUUUUUCCACUACCCUUCCACCACAGCAGUUUGAUUAACACGUUGAUGAUGGUCUUUGGGUAUGUUUCAAGUGAUAGUACUUUCAAUUUUACAGACUAAGCAAUCACAUGAUUUUGGAGGAUGUGAUUAAAUUACUGAUCAGUAUUCUGCAUGAGGAACAUUGACUAAAAUCAUUAGCCUCACAUGGUAUUUUGGGGGCUUUCCCAACUUUUUCUUAACAUUCCCAGUAAUAGGUUAAUAGUUGAAUUUUUCUGACAGGUAGAUGACAGUAACUAUUGUCCAUGUGUCUUAGAAAUCAGAAGCUCAAUUCGUUUUUCACUCAGGUGCAUGCAGUUUAAGGCAGAGCUAUUCUUGGGUCUUGUGAGAACAGAACAAGAGUUCCUGCUGUUUCAUCAUGGAAACAUGUAUAGGAACUGUGUUGUUUAUAAUAAUCCCUUUAAAUACAGAUUUCACUUAUUGCCUAACUUCUCACAUUUUGGGUGUAGACCUUAAACCAAACAUGCCUCUAAAAUUGGAGUACUCUUUCCCAGAAAAGAAUUAGAAAAUCUCUGAAACUCAUGUCUGCCAGUCAACAUUUAUUUGGAUCUCCUGUGGGUAGAUUUGUAAUGAAGAAAUAGAAAUCCUAGAAACUUGCCUCAUUCUUGUCUUAAAGAAAACCUAAAAUUCCAAAAGGGAUACAAAAUCUGUAUGCCCACAAAUCAGCAAAUCUGAGUGUAGAGGACAGAUUUCCUGACUUUAAGGUUGAUUCAUCAUAGCAAAAUUUAGGAAAGAAGUGAUCAACAUCCUAAAGGUUCAUAACAAUUAAAAUUACUUAUAACUUCAAUUGCCUUUUAAAAUAGUUAACUCAGAUUUCAUAUUUUAAGGUAGGAUAGUAUUGCGUGUCAUAUAAGUCACUGUGACACUUUCUAAGCCGAAAUAACAUCAAUACCUUUCACUUGAAAUUACGUUGUGUUCUUGUUUUCUUGGUCUGCCUGGGAAUUUUACAAGUCUUUCUUACAGCAAGAGUCAAACCACCAGGGCUCCCUGUCUUUACCUCCUUCUCUGACUCAUUUCCUCUCCAAGCCUCUCCUUAAAAUCUUAUUUGCUUCAGUCUCUAUCUAAUUAGUUUCUUCUGUAUACUAACUCAAUGCUUCUGCUGAAAUAAAAAUGUUUAUGUUUUGCCCAUUUUGUCAUCUUGAUGAAAAUUGCUCUGUGCGUUUUGAUGACCACAUUUCUGUUACUUGAGUUACUAAUAGAUCAGGAAAUUUUUUUUUCUUUUUGUUUAAUCAUCUAGUGAUUGUGUGUGCCUGUGGGGGUGGUGCUAAAAGUAAGAGGAAAUAAACAAAUUUGUGUUAGGAAUGGAAACUUUAAACAAAUUGCCAGAUUAUUUUAAAUGAUUUUUCCAAACAAUAUUAGAAAAUCUAUCCUUGUACCAUUAGACUAAAUUCAGGAUUCUCAUCUGAAAAUAGUGGAGCAGUUCUGGUGAUUUUUCACUUGGUAAAUUCUUCCUAUGUUUAUAAAAUGAAAAAUUAAAUUUGUCCAGGUGGAUUUGUUUGCUUCCUUUCACCUGACCAUUAGAGUUGUAUGAAUUGUGGUGAUUUUCUUUGUUGCCUUGACCAAUAGCUGGUUAAGGCAGGGUGAUAAUGUGUGGCAAUUCUAGUCUAUAUAUUUGGGAUUCCUAAAGGAUGAGGAAUCUAAAUCUUGUACUUAAGUCCUGUUGUGUAAAUGUAAGUAGAUGAUAAUAUAAUUAAAAAUAGGUGAGUAUAUUUGAAGUAGUAAUGAAUUGGUUUUUGUCAUUACUUGUAUUUGCAAAGAAUACUAAUAAGUAAAACUUGUCAAGUGAAGUUAUUAGAAAAGGGUCUUCAUUAUUUAAACAUUUGGGAUCCUUUUAAUUAGAUCCAAUGCUCAACUCUAAGAGCCAAGAGAUCUUGGUCAAAUUAUUUAGCAUUUCUAAGACUCAGUUUUAUUAUCUGUCAAAGGGACUGAAACCAGAUAACCUACUGAAUGAAUCUCUGAGGUAAGACCCAAGGGUCUGCAUUUUCAACCAGUUCCCCAGAUGAUGAUUAGUGUGUCACAGGUUCUGAAAUUCCAGCAUACAUCAGGAGCACCUGGAGGAUUUACCAGACACUGCUGACCCACACCCAGAGCUUCAGAUUCAAGUCUUCUGGACCGUUAUGGCAGUCAAGUGGACUGGUGGACAUUCCUCCCCGGUGCUCUGCCUGAAUGCAAGUAAAGAAGGGCUGGUGGUGUCUGGAGCAGAAGGCGGAGAUCUCACGGCUUGGGGUGAUGAUGGGACUCCAUUAGGACACACACGGUUCCCAGGGGCUGAUGAUGUUACCAGUGUCUUAUUUUCUCCUUCCUGCCCCUCCAAGCUCUAUGCCUCACACGGAGAAACAAUCAGCAUACUGGAUGUCAGGUCCCUCAAAGGUUGCCUGGACCUCUUUCAUGUGAAUGAAGAAGAAAUCAAUUGUCUUUCAUUGAAUGAAACUGAAAACCUGCUGGCUUCUGCUGACGACUCUGGGGCCAUCAAAAUCCUAGACUUGGAAAACAAGAAACUCAGCAGAUCCCUGAAGAGACAUUCCAAUAUCUGUUCCUCUGUAGCUUUUCGACCUCAGAGGCCUCUGAGCCUGGUGUCGUGUGGACUGGAUAUGCAGGUGAUGCUGUGGAAUCUUCAGAAAGCACGGCCACUCUGGAUUACAAACUUACAGGAGGAUAGAACAGAAGAAGUGGAAGGCCCACAGUCACCUGGUCAGCUCUUUAACCCUGCUCUAGCCCACUCUGUCUCUGUGGCAUCGUGUGGCAAUGUUUUUAGUUGUGGUGCAGAAGAUGGUAAGGUCCGAAUCUUUAGGGUGAUGGGAGUCAAGUGUGAACAGGAACUGGGAUUUAAGGGCCACACAUUGGGGGUAUCCCAGGUAUGUUUCCUGCCAGAAUCCUAUUUGCUGCUUACUGGAGGGAAUGAUGGGAAGAUCAGGCUGUGGGAUGUAAGUAGUGAAGUUGACAGAAAACAGAAGAGCCCUACGAAACACGCCCACAGGAAGAAAACUAAAAGAGCAACUUACACCAAGCAGGGUAAAAAUGCUAGUGCUUCAGUAACAGAAGAGGAAGACUCUGGCAAAAUUUCACCAAAGCUAAAUAUUGAACAUGGAGAAAAAGUGAACUGGCUUUUGGGAACAAAAAUAAAGGGACAUCAAAAUAUAUUAGUAGCUGAUCAAACUAGUUGUAUAUCUGUAUACCCCUUAAAUGAAUUUUAAAUCCAAUAAAAACAGGUUAACAGCUGGCAAAACUUUUUUUAGGUUAAAAAAUUCCAGAUUCUGGGGCAGACAUUUGGUAUAGUGAUUAAGACGUUGCUUUGGAUGCCUGCAGCCCACAUCAGAGUGCUGGGUUUAAGUCCUGGCUACUUGCUUCCUAUCCUGCUCCCUGCUAAUGUAAGCCCUGGGAGGCAUCAAAUGAUGGCUCAAGUACUUGGGUCCCUGCCACCCUUGUGAGAAACCUGGGUAGAGUUUUGGCUCCCGGCUUCAGCCUGGCCCAGCCCUGGCUGAUGCCUGCAAUUAAGAAGUUAACCAAUGGAUGAAAGAGUGUUCUCUCUCGCUCUCUCUGUCAAAUAAAUAAUUCUUUUAAAUUCUGGAUUCUGGGGCUGGCAUUGUGGCACACUGAAAGCUACUGCUUGCAAUGCCAGCAUCGCGUAUCAGAAUGCCUGUUGGAAGCGGUAGCUGCUCUGCUUCAGUCGGGCUCCCUGCUGAUGUUCCCGGGAAGGCAGCAGAAGGUGGCCUUGGGUCCCUACCAUGUGGGAGACCCAGAUGGAGUUCCAUCCUCACUUCGGCCUGGCCCAGCCCCAGCUGUUGUCACCAUUUGGGGAUGAACCAGUGGAUAAGAUAUGAAUCUCUCUCUCUUUGCUUCUGGUCUAUCUCUUUCUCACUCUGCCUUUCAAAUAAAUAAGUAUUUUUAAAAAACUUCUAGAUUCUUCAUUUGAACUGUUUAUCGUAUGCAGAAUCAUACCAUUCCAUUGUAUAAAUGUUAAGACAUUUGGAAAGGUAAUUGGAUCAUACUCCAUAUAGUAAAUGACAUUAAAAUUUUGAAUCACUA